GACCUUUAAGGUUAUCAAGAGUUUAUGUUCGCAUAAAAUUGAACUGGGAAGAUGCGGAGACCAUUUCUAAAUUCAGAUUCAAUUAAAUAUGUCGGUUUGCAAAAGUGUGUUAUUAAUCGUUGGGUUGGGGAGUUGUUUUGCAAUUCCAACACAUAAUUAUCGUCCAUUGAGACAUUACAACCUUCCACGACCUUCAAUACAAGCAUUCAGACCUCGUGGAUUCAAAGUGAGCAUCCCUCAUACUGAAGGCAUCCAAUUAUUCGCCUUUCAUGGAAAUAUUAAUAAACCUCUGGAGGGACUCGAGGCCGGACAAUUUUCCCAAGACGUCCUCCAAAGAGAGGGAAAUGAGUGGGUGUUCCGGGAAUCCAAUGCCAAAUUAAACGUGGGAGAUAAAAUCUAUUAUUGGCUCUUUAUUAUAAAAGACGACUUGGGAUACAGAUAUAAUAACGAAAAAUACGAAGUUGAAGUUUUAAGUUUGGAUGAAUCAAAGCCCACCGAUAAUUUCGAUCCUCCUCAAACAACCUCUGUGACACCAGAUCUUGCCCCCAAUCUCGGCAUUUGUGAAAAGGUGAUGGUAAAUCUCACGCAGAAGCUGUUCGAUUUGCAGGAAGAAACUGUGUCCCUUAGGGAGACGAACGACAUUUUGGAGGAUAUGCUCGAGAAGCACAAUGAUACGGCAACUACUCUCACUUUAGACGGUUUGAUGAUUAAAGAUGACGAUGAACUUGUUUCCGUGAUUCAAGCAAUUAUUAAAGAUAAACUUGGCCUAAAAACCAGGAUUGAAAAUGUGACAAGGAAAAAGAACGGAAUGGUCAAGUUUCAAGUGGGGAGUUUGAGAGAAAAGUUAGAGGUUGUCAAGGCGGCCAAAAGGAAACUCAAGUCUUCCCACUUCACAAUUACGUAUUAAUUUUAAAAGACUAUCUACACUAGAAAUUAACUUUCUGCUUUUGUUGGGUAUUUUUGUGUAACCAAAUAUACAUUUUCACGAU